UUGUUUGUUGCUCACGUUGAUCCUUAGAGCGGAUGGGUAUAAGAUCAGGCUGGGUGCUGAUGCAAUUGAACAAAUACCAAUGCUGAGUAGUAAAUAGUUUCGAAUUAACUUUGCAAUCAGCACCUGCGGUGAUGCCUAUAAGUGCUGGCGUAACUUCCAUCGAGUGUGAUCGUUUAGUUUGUAUCCAUCUGUGGGGAAAGAGUGGCAUCGUAAUGCUUGAAUGAAAAGUGAAUAAUAUUUGCCAGAAGAAUAAAAAAGUCGCUAACCAAAUUGUAAUUAAAUAUUAUUUAUUAUGCAGUGAUAUGAAUGGAUGAAACGAUUUGAAGUGGCAUUUUCGUUAAAGUUACAAUCCCAACACACACAAAAAAAAAGAAAAAUAACACAGAAAACAGUGAUAUAUGAUCAGCGAACCAGGUCAUUGCGGCAAAAUUCAGUGGAAUAACAGCAGCAGAAGCCGUAGCCGCCAGCAGCACCGCCGCCAGCGUUGCCGUCGCGAGGAGCAGGAACAGCAAGAAGAACCUCGGAUAGCUUUAUUAUCCAGGACCGUUAUCGGCUGGCCCAACUCCACGUCUGUCGACAGUUGCCAUCGGAGAGUUUGCGGUUGCAGUUGUUGUAACUUAUAACGACAGCAUCUGCCGAACGAGCGACGACAACGACUUUGCGCGAUCAUCGUUCGUUUCCUUCGUCCCAUAUCUCGGUCCUAUCUUCUAGGUUGUCUUAACUUUCCAUCUACCUUCGACUGCUUGCGCUUGUCCUUGCACGCGUGGAAACAGUGGCAAUUCCUUGGUUCGCUACCUAAUUUGAUUUAAACCAAGCAUUCAUCCAACCACUGCGUUGUCAAAGUACACGUGAAGCGCGCGGGGUGUAACUGCGGUGUGCCGGCCAAAGCUACGUAAAGUAAAAGAGCGAAGAAGCAAAAAAUAAUCAAAUUAUCAAGUGUACACCGUUCUGUGCGUUCAGUGGGAAAAUAUUUGUGAUAAUACCAAAGCACACGGGGCAACCGCGCGGGAAACGUGAUAGUUCCGGUAUAGUAGCCAUUUUCGGCCGGUAGACCACCGUGAGAGGACCCACAGCAAAAUUGCAAACGUGUGACCCUCACGCAUUCACUCCACGCCACAAACACACGUCCAAUCAUGGAGUGCUGUCUGUCCGAGGAGGCCAAAGAGCAGCGACGUAUCAAUCAGGAGAUUGAGCGGCAGCUGCGGCGAGACAAACGGGAUGCUAGGCGCGAGCUGAAACUGUUACUAUUAGGUACUGGUGAGUCGGGUAAAUCCACAUUCAUCAAACAGAUGCGUAUUAUCCACGGUAGCGGUUACUCGGACGAAGACAAACGUGGCUUUAUCAAACUAGUAUACCAAAAUAUUUUCAUGGCAAUGCAGUCGAUGAUUCGAGCGAUGGACCUGCUUAAGAUACAGUACAGCGAUCCAGCCAAUAUCGAACAUGCGGAGCUGAUACGAAGUGUAGACUUCGAAACAGUGACCACGUUUGAACCACCAUAUGUUCAAGCGAUCAAGGAUCUAUGGGCUGAGGCCGGCAUCCAGGAGUGCUACGACAGGAGGAGAGAAUACCAGCUAACGGAUUCAGCAAAAUAUUACCUUAUGGAAAUUGACCGUGUAGCGGCGACCAACUAUCUUCCAACGGAACAAGACAUUCUAAGAGUUCGUGUGCCCACGACGGGAAUUAUCGAGUAUCCCUUCGAUCUGGAGGAGAUUCGAUUUAGUUACCUAAGCGAUCUGGCACGUAUCGAAGCCGAAGAGUACCUCCCAACCGAGCAGGAUAUUCUCAGGGCUCGAGCACCGACUACUGGAAUUCUAGAGUAUCCAUUCGAUUUGGAUAGCAUUAUCUUUAGAAUGGUCGACGUCGGCGGACAAAGAUCUGAAAGAAGAAAAUGGAUUCACUGCUUCGAGAAUGUGACAUCGAUCAUCUUCUUAGUGGCACUGUCUGAGUACGAUCAGAUUCUGUUCGAGUCGGAAAAUGAGAACCGUAUGGAGGAAUCGAAAGCUUUAUUCAAGACUAUCAUCACGUAUCCAUGGUUCCAGCACUCGUCGGUAAUUCUGUUCUUGAACAAGAAGGAUUUGCUGGAGGAGAAAAUUAUGUAUUCGCACUUGGUAGACUACUUCCCAGAGUACGAUGGACCACAAAGAGACGCAAUAGCUGCCAGAGAAUUUAUACUCCGUAUGUUUGUAGACUUGAAUCCAGAUUCGGAGAAGAUAAUCUAUUCGCAUUUCACAUGCGCAACCGAUACUGAAAACAUUAGGUUUGUGUUCGCUGCCGUAAAGGAUACGAUACUGCAGUCUAAUCUAAAGGAGUACAACUUGGUUUGAACUACGACGUCGUUUUCGUCAUGGUCAUCAUGUUCCCACCAUGGCCGCUGUCGGAUUAUCGCCUUUACUUUUUUCCUAGUACGAGCAGCAACAGCCGUCGUAGCAGUAGUCAUAACAGUAGUACCCAGUAGCGACAGCAGCUAUAAAAUAGCUGCAAUGUUUACCACCUUCUUCACCCCCUAAGGACUUUUUCAACCAGCAGCGAUCACCACAGGAUGCAGGCACAGGACACACCAUUCAAGAGACUGGUCGCUGUGAGAACUUCGUUGCCAAAUUGAUCACAACAUCAUCGUCAGCAUCGCCGGAAGGUCAAGGAGUUAGAGCGUAAAAAAUAAAACAUUCGGUUGCUGCCAAAGUGGUUGGAAGAGAACUCUAACGCUACUCUUACUGUACAGAAAACAUUAGAAACGAAUCGCUAGAGCAAAGCUACCACCAUAUUACCGAAAGAAAAAAAAUAUAUUCGCACACAGUUGAAAUUGAAAGUCAGAUCGUAACGAAAUAACAAUCACGCGUAAAAUCAUUCGAUUGAGUUGAGAAAUACUAGAAUACCGAAAAUCCUUUAGGAAGGAAUAGUUUCAAUCGUUCAAAAAAAAAAAAAAAAACUGGUAUUUUGAAGGUGUGGAAUGAAACUUUCAUUGCUGACCCGAACGAGUACAUAAUUUGAAUGUAGUAACAAUUGAGAUUAUGCCAUAACUUGCCAGACUUUUGUACUUCCCAAGACUAAUUUCGCUCUAUCACAAAAAAAAAAAAUUACACCAUACUUGAAACCGGAGAUUAUAUGCGAUCUGAUCAAAUGAAAGUUUCCCCGCGUAAACACAUAAGUCACUUCUAGCGAGAACGAGAUAAAGCGUGACACAAUUUAAGCGUUUUGCUUUAUUCUGCACUGACAAGCAACUUUUGGGAAUGAAGUAAAAGUAGUUUUUUUUGUGCAUUUCUUUACUGAUAGGAAAUAAAAUUUAGGUACAAGAGAGAACAAAAAAAAAGAGAGCAAAACUAGCAAACAGGUGGGAUCAUGGUAAAACAGAAAUAAAAGCACACAAUGCAGGCACAUUAUUGUAUAACCGAAACGUCAGUUUCUCGUUUGCGUUCUUUCGUUCGCUGUCAAUUUCAUAACUUACCGUUUUAGCUGAGGAUUGCUGAAGCAUGUACACAGUCAGCUGUUUUUAAUGGUUUAGAUAAUAUUUAUUUCAUUUUUCUUUUUUUUUCGUCCUUCAAAUUAAGUUAUUAGUUCAUUACACUACAAACUGUUUUCUCUGUAUAUUUCAUAUUGUUUCCAUGCUCAAUGCGUUUUUGGACGUUAUGUUUUGUGUUCUUAAAACAACUUAAUUCGACACGUAUAUACCGCGAUAAUUUAGCACUUUUUGCAGACACACAAAGCGCAUGAAAAGCGCAAAAAAAUUAUUAAGUAACAAUCCGCACACCCACGCAUUCACGCAUACCUAAUAGGUACACGAAACCGCAUUACAGAAUGGAUGAAAUAUUUAUACUUAUACAUAAAAAGGAAAAAAUAUACAAAAAAGUAAUACUAUUUAUUCAACAAACAAAUUUAGGAUUAUUUUUCAACAUAUUGACUAUCAUCAUAUUGAAUGUAUUCAGCAAUGGUUGCGUUGUUCAUUUAAACUUGGAUCUGCUCUGUAUUGGCCUUCGCUUUUUCGGUGGCACCGAGAACAGUCCGGAAAAUUUCCGGUAUGGCAUCGUGCUGUGACCACCUUCGUUACACACAACUAACCAAGUCGCGAUAAAGAUACGACGGAAAUCAAAAGUUUUCCUUCAGUCCCAAAAUUUAGUUGUAAUUUUUACGUAAAAAUAACUAUGACUGUGAGAUAAAAUAAUAAUCAUUUACACAUACUACUCGUAAUCAGCACACUAACGGUUUACGCUAUUUUACUUUCUGUCUUUUUCGUAUGGAAAUAAAAACUAAAUUCACUAGUAUGCAGCAAACCUGCAGAUUUUACCAUUAUUCAAUGUACAAUACUACUCUUAGACGAAAAAAAAGCUUUUUCACAUUAUUACUGUUUUCUUUUUGUUUUUUUAGGCAGUGUUUUUCACACGACGAAUAUAGUUUAAUGUAUAUACAUUUGUUGUUGUUUUAGUUAUUUUUAUUUACAUUUUUUAAAAUUUUCUCACGUUGUUUCGAUUGAAAUUUCGCUCAUUAUUUGCAGCCGAAGCAUCAGUCUCCAGAGAAAGUUCAGUCAAAUUCGUACUAUCAAUUUUUAUGAGCAUCAUUAUAACGCAUCGAUAAGGAGAAACGAGGUAAAACAAAACUUAUUUUGUUUCACAAGAACCAUUACAUAAAAACCCAUUUUAAUGUGUAAUAUUAUUAAUAAUUUUAUACUUAACACUAAUGGUAAAUAAUUGAAAUUAACAACCAAUUCAUGCAACGCUUUCUUCACGUAAGAAGGCGGCGUAAUGAGAGUAGAGCAGAGUGAAAUAAACAAUGUACAUAUUUCCCAGAGUUUCUGAGAACAUUUUAUGAAGUUACGAAAGGUUCGCUAAGAUCAGAACCUGAAUAAACUACACAAACACACAAACCGGUGGCAUGCUCUUCAGUUCUUUGAUUGUGCAUUGUGCGUUAUUGUUACCAAGCAUAAACCGUCCUCCACUUUGGGGUCGGAAAACAGAGCCCGUAUGACGCGAGAAAAAUAGCACACCAGCAAGUGGCAUAAAAAUCGCAGUAUUUGCAGAGUGUGUACGAGCGUCUUUGUCAAGAAAACAGAAACAGUAGAGUAAAGCGUCACAUACAACUGUUAUCACACACUGCUCGAUGAGACAGGCAAAAAAAUGAUGAAAACAAGAACUGUCACUAAGUUGACAGUAGCAAAUAUCGACCGGAAGUGCGCAGACAUUUGCUUUUUCAAUAAAAAAAAAACAGAAUAAGGAAACUAUUUAUAGGGAAGUCAUAGAGCAACGAAACAAGCUAAAAGUAAUUGCAGAACGCAGAUCUUUUGCUCUAUUUUGUACGACACGAUAAAACCCUUUCCGCGGUACGUAAACGUGAAUGAAAAACAACAUAGACUUUAGAUAGUUAGAUAAAGUAAUUUUGAUUGGCCCACAAAUACCAUGGAAGAACUCGGGCAAAAAAUCACAGUUAUCUCUUAUGUUUGAACUUCUUUAUAACACGCGCAAAAGAAGCUAUCGGGUAAAGCAUCACAAUUCGCACUCAAGCGACUUGAAAUGCAGUUGUAAUAGAUCCGUUUUGCACCAAACUUACUACCGUUGAAUAAAUUUGUGCUUCGACCAGGAAGAUAAAUGGAGAAAUUUCUGCACGCUUUGUGACUAUUUUCUAGCGAUUAGCUUUUUUUAAUUCCGCAAUUUCGUCUUUUCCACUUUCGGAGUUCGAUUUCGUUUUUUCUCUUCAUCUUUCGAUUUCUGAACGCUUCAUUAGCAUGUAUUUUCAAUGAUCGCAUUUGCAGGAGGAACUUCUUAAAAUGCGAUAACGACACUGGACAAAGUCUAAAAUAUAUAAAAAAAGAAACAACUCGAGUGAAAAUGUCUUUUAGCAUUGUGUGCCAUUUUUUAUUGAAAAAUGAAAUCUCCUCUCUUACGCGUUCAUUAAAAAGAAGUAGGUUGAUUAAGAAUCAAUAAUCUAAAUACUAUAACAUUAAAGCCAUUUACCCGCAAAAGAAAAUCUCUCCUUACUAUUACUAAUAUACUUUAUGAUUACCAAAUUGACGAAAAGAAACCAACAAUGAGUAGGAACUGUAACACCUUGUCCAUUAAUAAAAAGAUCAAGAACAAUUCAAUGGAGUAUGUAGAAAGAAAAAAUAAAAAAUAGAUGGAGAAACUUGCAAAAAUUUGGUUUGACCAGAACAAAUUACAAGAUAAUGAGAUAAAGCCUAUCGAAGCAAUGUUUGCGUGAAAAACAUUUCCAGUAAAGGUCGGGAAAGUAACAAAAAAACAUAAACAAUUGAAAACACAUGAACACAGAGAUUAGAAAUUUUUCGAAGGUUUGUCGCAACGCUAGAGGAUACUCGCUAGUUUCGGUAUGCCGUAGUCAGACCGCCCAUUUGACUACGGAAUUUCGAGGCAACUAUCGCUGACAAAGAACAGAAAAAAAAUAAUCGUAAUUUUCACGUACGGCAAAUUGAGAAAAAAAAUCUACUCACCUAUUCAUUGUAUUGCAAUUCGAAACAAGAAACAAAAACAGGCAGCAACUUAAGUAAAACGAACCGAUUACUGGACAGAACAGUAAAUUCACCGAACGGAGAUAAAAACGACCAACAUUUUUGGAAUUGCAUGGAAUCGCAUUGAAAUUGUUUUAUUUAGUCAUGAACGUAGCGUAAUAAGGAAACCAUGAAAAAGAAAACAAACAUAUUAUUUUUUUAUCGUUCUAUGAGGAUAUACAAAACCGGUAUAUUCCAGAUUCACAGUUAAUUCGCUGAUCUACAUCUACAUCAUUCUACCAUCGGACAUUGUUUUAUACUGUAAACUCGCGGUCCAGCAGUUCCCCGGAUCGUGUUUGUUUUGAUCGCUGAUUCCAUAGCUUCCUCCAAAACAAAGCAAAAAACUAAUCGGUCAUUAUUGAGAGGACACACAUGCCUACACAGAGAGGAAAAGGCAAACGAUAUAGUUGCAAUAAGUAGCGAAACAGAUUAAAAAUUAAAGGAAACCAAAUUAUCCGACUAAACACGAUUCUCGCGGCAUUCGCGAAGCGAGGAGCAAGAAAAAUAAGUAAAAAAAAAACGAGGAAACAAUAUUGCAUGCUCGAAAUUGAGGAUGCAAAAAUGAGCAAAAGAAAAAAAUUCAAAAGUCCUUUCUUGAUAUAAUAAAUAAACAUUAAAUUAAUCUAUGAUAUGGAAAACACUACAAAAUAAAUAUAUAUAUAUAUUUAUGUUUUUAAUUAUAUUUAAACACAACAAAAAAGGAAGAACACACAAAAAGGAAAAGAAAAAUGAGAAAUGUGGAAGCGCAGAAUAAAAUAAUUACUAUAAAAAUGAGUAAAAUAAUUAUAAAUAAUAUAAUAUAAUUGUGUAAACUAAUGGCUGGAAUUUAUAAGAAACUAAAUAUAUAAUAAAAAUAAUAGAAAAAUAA